AUGGCAUCGCACGCUACACCUGCUUUUCUGACCGCUCUGCCUUCACCAUGGCCUCGCCUGCUCGUUAUUUCUGCCGUUUUCGCCCUCUCUACGGCGUUCACGGCAUACAUCGCGACCGAUCGCGAGGAAACGGCCACACAACUGCCUGACGCUGAUGCCUUACUCACAUCCCUCAAGGCUCCAACGCAUCCUGAACCGAACGUCGAGUGCAUCAUUUGCAGGGAUGAUCCAGAAGAUCCGGUCCAGAUUGCUUGCAACCAUGUCUUCUGCCGAGUUUGUUUGGCGAGCUGGCUUCUAGGAAGGAAGAACGAAAGCUGCCCGUAUUGCUUUCACAAAAUAUGCACUUCGACUGGGCAUACGUCUACAGCAUGUAAUGUACUUCUGUGCUGCUGGCUGACCACGGGACUGCUGAUAGUCUGGGCGGCGACGCAUUAUCUGGCCUUGGCUCUCUCCAAGUACGGCCUCGCGCUUGCGUUCAAGAUCAGAUUCGUGGCCGCGAUGCUGGUAUUAUACGCCAUAGCUAUGGCGCUUCUGGACCUGACUCAUCAUGCCGUCGACCAACGACGAGAUUUGGGAGUACACUGGUGGAAGGGAGUCUCUCGCGGCGAUAACCUGGAUUCGUUGAUGGCCGGCGCCUCGGUCAUGCUAGCUGGUCUGAGUGCAUGGGACAGCAACGUGGCAAGUGACGAGCUUCUCGAUUGGGUCAAAGCUUCUGCAAGCGGCCAUUACCUUGAGGCGAGGUUUGCGGGAGCCGUUCGUGUAGAAUGCCGCGCGGUGGCACUUUGCAUCAUUCGCCUCACCCUGGCAGUCAUCGAUAGGCGAUUCGCGCCGAAUAACCGAUACCAUGAGCGACUAUCCCAGGGUAUUUUGGCGACAACCGCGAGGGCCAAAGACGCCAGACCAAUCUAUGGCAGAGCCAGGCGAGCAGCGCUGAUGCCUGGCGUCAGAAUCAAAGCCGUUUGCAUGAUGGAAGAAUGGCUCUUUGGAAGAGCCGUCACCACGUUCCUAAUCGGAUCAAGUUUUGCGGUGCUCGAUGCGCUGAUUGCUUGGUUCGUUAUCCCAGAUGUGAGCACACGAUUGGAAGAUGAGGAUGAAGCGUGGAAGCAGUAUCUCGCACGCAACGGUUGGGAAGCAAAAUUUGGUGACACAACAUCCAAGGAUCCUACUGCUGUCAAGAUGGAUGCGAUAAAGUCCUAA